AUGGCGGACCGACGACGCAUUAAUGGCCCUGGGAGUGUCACAGUGGCACCUGUUUUUGAAGCCGAUGAGUUUGCUGUUUCCACUCGGACUCGCGCUCCAAAUGGUAUUAGGUCACAAUAUUUGCAAACUGGGGUAACCCCAUCCGCUUCUGGCUCGGCGUACCUAGAAAUUGAAUCACAGCAAGAUUCUAGUAGUAGGGGCAUGAAACUUUCAUGCACUGUCCAUGGGCCUAGAUCUCUACCUCGAUCAGCGCCCUUCUCCCCUCACAUGGUCCUUUCCACACAUGUCAAAUACGCACCUUUUGCAACACGUCAAAGAAGGGGUUAUUUACGCGAUUCCACUGAGCGUGACUUGAGCACACAUCUCGAAGCAGCUCUAAGGGGCGCCCUCAUUGCAGACCGUUGGCCCAAGAGUGGAGUGGAUGUAGUCGUCACCAUUAUCGAAGGAGAUCAAGCCCGUCAGGUAGCUGUGGAACAGGGAAGCGAGGAAUGGGACAUGAUGAACGUGCUUAGCGGCUGUAUCACUGUUGCCGCAGCCGCGCUCGCGGAUGCUGGUAUUGACAGUGUCGAUACUGUCUCUGGAGGUGUUGCGGCUUUGGUGCCUGGACCGGACAAUGAUGAACCCAUCAUGGUGCUCGAUCCAGUUCCUUCUGAACACUCACAUAUCCUCGCAGCUUGCUGUGUAGCCUAUCUCCCCUCCCGGGACGAAAUCACAAAUCUCUGGCUGAAAGGAAGUUUGCCCUCAUCAGACGCGAAUCUGCAUCGAGACCUCGUCGCCCGUGCUGUACAUGCAAGCAAGGGAGCCAACCUUGCAGUAGCUACAUCCCUCAAGGAAUCGGUCAUCACGGGUUGA